AUGAAGAGAGGGGAGAAGCCAUUCAUCUGCUCGGACUGUGGGAAGGGAUUCACUUGCUCAUCUAAACUGAAGGUACAUCAGAGAGUUCACACUGGAGAGAGACCAUUCACCUGCUCAGAUUGCAGGAAGGGAUUCACUCAGUUAUCCCAACUGAAAGUACAUCAGCGACUUCACACUGGAGAGCGGCCGUUCACCUGCUCAGACUGUAGGAAGGGAUUCACUUGCUCAUCCCAACUGAAGGUACAUCAGCGAGUUCACACUGGGGAGAGGCCGUUCACCUGCUCAGACUGCAGGAAGGGAUUUACUCGGUCAACCGACCUACUGGUACACCAGCGAGUUCACACUGGGGAGAGGCCGUUCACCUGCUCAUACUGCGGGAAGGGAUUCACUCGCUCAUCCCAACUGAAGGUACAUCAGCGAGUUCACACUGGGGAGAAGCCAUUCGCCUGUUCAGAGUGUGGGAAGGGAUUCACACAGUUAGCUAACCUACAAGAACACCGGUCAGUUCACACUGGGAAGCGGCCGUUCACCUGCGCAGUGUGUGGGAAGCGAUUCACUCGUUCAUCUGAUCUACAGAUACACCAGCGAGUUCACACUGGGGAGAAACCAUUCACUUGCUCAGUCUGUGGGAAGGGAUUCACUUGGUCAUCUCUUCUACAGAUACACCAGCGAGUUCACACUGGUGUGAGACCAUUCACCUGCUCAGACUGUGGGAAGGGAUUCACUUGCUCAUCCCACCUGAAGGUACAUCAGCGAGUUCACACUGGGGAGAGGCCGUUCACCUGUUCAGACUGUGGGAAAGGAUUCACUUUGUCAUCUCACCUACUGAGACACCAGUCAGUUCACACUGGGGAGAGGCCGUUUACCUGCUCAGUCUGUGGGAAGGAAUUCACUCGGUCUUCUCAACUACAGAGACACCAGUCAGUUCACACUGGGGAGAGGCCAUUCACCUGCUCAGUGUGUGGGAAGGGAUUCACUCAGUCAUCUCAUCUGCAGAGACACCAGCGAGUUCACAUCAGGUGGAGGCCGAUCACCUCAGAUUGUGGGAAGGGAUUCACUCGGUCAUCUUGCCCACUGACACACCGGUCAAUUCACACUAGGGAGAGGCCAUUCACCUGCUCAGACUUUGGAAAGAGAUUCUGUCAGCUAAAGCAACCAAAUGUGCAUCAUUGAGUUCACACUGGGGAGAGGCCGUUCACCUGCUGUGAAUGUGGGAAGCGAUUCACUCAGUCAUUUAACCUUAUGAAACUUAGCUUCGGCUAGCAGCUUAAUAUAGGGGGUGGUAGCCCCCCAGCCCGGCCAAACUUAAGAAAUCACGUUUGGGUGGAUGCUUCUUGAUGUGUCCCCUGUUACAAAUCAGUACCCCGAAAUAACAAACAGUACACAAUAUGCAAUUAAAUAAUUGAGCUUUAUAAUUCUUACUUUGACUAUAGGGUUAGUAAAGAAAACAAAAAAAAAGAAAAAGGGCCCACUCUCUCCAUUUGCGUCUUCUCAUCUCUCCCCAGCAAAAUACAGCGAAAAUCUCUCUUCCAGACUCACAAGAAAGAACAGUUCUGUCACUGGAUAGCCCCGCACUCCAAAACCCUGUUAUGUCUAUUCGUAACCAAAUCAUUGCUGCUACAGAGAAACCAUUACCUCAGCAGUGAUACAUUGCAGAGAGGCCAUUACAUGAGCAGUGAAACCUCACAGCAUGUUACACUUGUGACACACUGCCGGGUUCACACUGGGGAGAAAGUUUCAAUAAGCUGCCUGCUGGAUAUUUGUCCAUCACCAUUGCUGAAUGCAAUUUCGAGAGUGACUGUCGGUGCUGAACUCUGCAAUUAUUGCUGCUGCUCACCACACCCAGUUCUGCACCCUGGUCACUGGGCAUGGGAGCAGUUUCUUCUGCUGCACAUUCACCUUUAAUGGGACUGGAGUUUAAUAUUCUGGAUCUUAG